AUGGCCUACGGCUUUCCCCAUGGGCCUAACAAGCAGUACUCUUCUGCGCGCGGCCUACAGAGCCCGUUAUCCGGCGCCGCCAAGAUGACUCCAGGUAUUCCCAAAAAGCUGUGCGGUGAAUGUGUAGUGAAACUUAAAGAAUUUACCAAAUUUAAAGAAAUUGCUCUAAAAUCUGAUCAGCUUUGGAAGGGCAUAUUUCAGCGUAAUGAACUUAAAUUAAAUGUCAACGAAGAUAAACCAGAGAAUUCUCAUGAAAAUCAUAACAAAAUAGAAUUUGUUAACAAUACUUUUAACUCACAUUCCUUUAUUGAUGGUGAUGGAAAUAAAGAUACAGAAAAUAUUGAAAUACAUUUAGUAAACAGAGACUCGAACACCAACAAAAAUUAUGAAGCUUUUGAUAUUAAGGAUAAUGUUGCUGUCGUAAAAAUAGAGGAAGAUAGUAGUGAUGAUAAUAAGGAUACUUUAUGUAAUCAAAUCUCAUGUUGUUCGUGCAAUAACAAAUUUGAUACUGUAGAAAAUUACAACGAACACCAUGAAUUGUGUUUAAAAAGCGAAGACGAUCAAGUAAACGCCUCGGAAACAUUUAUUGACACAGAGAAUAAUUAUUGUAUUGAUAAUGAAUAUUUUUUACAAAACGAAAAUCAUCAAAUAGAUGCCUCAGGAUCAUUUGAGGAUAUCAAAAUUGUUACUUCUGAAAAACAAGUUACAAAUAAUUUAAAAAGGAAGAAAAAAGGACGAUGCAGAAAAGUGUCAAAUAAAGACGAUAUUUUACGUCAAAAAAAGUCGAAUGCCCCUAGUUGUGAUAAUGGAAUUCUUUCUUGUGAUAUUCAAAAUAUAAAUACGUCUGUAACUAAGCAAAAAAGACCGUACAGACGUAAAACGGAAAAAGAGAAAUCUCUUUGCAAAAAAAAGAUUGAUGCGCCUACUAGUGAUUGUGGUUUAUGUGAUAAAACGUUUAAGGACGCCAAAGAUUUGAAACAACAUUUGACUGCACACGGUUCUAAUAAUGAUUUGUGUUGUAAGCUUUGCGAUUUCAAAGGUAGAGAUUUUGCUGAUAUGUCAUCACAUAGAAUUCGUCAUCUCCCAAAAGAGUACAAGAUAGAAAUUAAGUGCCAUUUAUGUAAUAAGAUUUUUCGUGUGCCGUUACGCCUACAAUUCCAUUAUAGAUCAGUGCACUUGAAUCAAAAAGGUGGUAAGUGCACAACAUGUAAUAAAGAAUACAUUGAUUUCAAGAAAUGGGUGAGUCACGAACGGCAUCAUUUCUCCGAAGGAUUUAUAUGCGAUGUAUGUGGAAAAAGGUAUUUAAUGCGAUCUCAAAUUGUAGAGCAUAUCAGGCAGCAACAUGGAGAAAAAACAUUUAUUUGCGAUAUAUGUGGUAUGGAAUUUAGACGCAAUUUUAACCUAAAGCAACACAUUAGGACAAGACAUCACGUUACCAAAGUGCAGUGCACACAUUGCGACAAAACAUUCAAGAAUGAAGUGAUUCUCAAAUCACAUUUAAGAGAAGUCAGGACUGGAAAACCUUAUAAGUGCGACGUCUGUUCCAAAUAUUACAGAAAUCCUAGUCUUUUAAAAGCUCAUAUGAUUUGGCAUAUGGAUGUCCGUAAAUUCUCCUGUGGCAUCUGUGGAGGCGCAUAUAAAACUAAACAGUAUUUAAUUACUCAUAUGCUGAAACAUUCAGGUCAUUUGCCGCACAAGUGUGAACACUGCCCUGCGUGUUUCGCGACAAAGUCACAAUUGAAAAUUCACACGUCCAUACAUACAGGAGUCCGAAGACACAAGUGCCCUCAUUGCCCAAGAAGUUUUCAUGGCAAAAAGGUUAUGUUGGCACAUAUGGGUAAAUGCCACAACACAUUAUAG